GAGAUAGUGGAGUAGAAAGUUGGGAGUGGGGGGCAUUGGCCAUGGCAGGGACAGAAGUUUCAUCAUACCCUCCUCUGUUUCGUGAAGAGAAAGGGUCAAUCCAUGGGGGGGUAGAGGGAGAAGAAGGGGUGAAGGUGGGGGGUGGUAGUUCAGAGUCAGACCCACUUCCAGUGAUGGAUCUUGAAUGCAUGGAGAUGGAGAAGCUAGGAGAAGUGUGUAGAGAGUGGGGCAUUUUUCGGCUGGUCAACCAUGGGAUUCCUUUAUCUCUAUUGAGCCAACUCGAGGACCAUGCAAAAAGGCUGUUUGGGCUGCCUUUUGAAUCCAAGGAGGCCAUCUUCACCACUCCUGUGUCCUACUUUUGGGGUACCCCUGCGCUUACCAAAUCCGGAGUGGCCCUUUCACAGACCCCCCAAAAUGUCAAUUGGGUGGAAGGCUUCAAUGUUCCUCUCUCUCAAUUGCCCCUGCUUCAGACCCAGGAUCCCAUCAUUGCUUCCUUCAGACUUAUCCUCGAGGAAUAUGGAAGGCAUUUGUCUAGAAUUGCGAGAACUCUCUUCGACGCUAUGGCUAAGAACUUGGGACAUGAUCCAAAGCAAUAUGAGUCCAGUCUAGACGAAUCCUCCGGAAUCGUUCGAGUUUAUAGAUACCCAUUACGCCCUAAUCGUGACCAUGCAAGCCACAUGGAGGUGCACACGGAUAGUUCUGUGCUCUCAAUUUUGAAUCAGGAUGAAGUCGGUGGCCUUGAAGUCUUGAAGGACGGUGAAUGGCUAAGUGCAAGUCCAAUUUCCAAUACCUUGGUGAUCAACGUCGGUGACAUGAUGCAGGUUAUAAGCAACGAUGAUUACAAGAGCGUGAUUCACAGAGUGAAGGUGGCAAAAGAGAGGGAGCGGCUCUCGAUAUGUUACUUCGUGUUUCCAGAGGAAAACACCGUAAUCAAAAGCUCUAAGUAUAGACCAUUUUCGUAUAAUGAUUUUCGUAGCCAAGUGCAGGACGACAUAAAGACCUUAGGGCAUAAGGUUGGGCUUGAACGGUUCAAGGUUAAUGAUGAUAGUGACUAAAAGUUUAUUAGGUUCAAGGGAGCUUACCAUAUUUGAUUUGUAAACCGGAAUUUAUAAAUAAGCAAAGGGCCCAUGACCCCAAAUGGUCCCAUGGUUCAAUGAAUUAAUAAAGCUCUUAAACUAUAUUCUUAGCUCAAA